GUAAGAAAUCCAAAUUCAAGUACACCUCAAAUUGACUUCCGCUCCAAGCCAGAGCUGUAUAUAACUAUAGCUCAACCUACGGCCCGAUGCAAUUUGACUACAAUUUCACAAUCGAUUCUAUUAGCGAAACAUAAGUAUCAAAUCAGGAUGCUGGGAGGAGGGACGGAAGCUUUUCCAGAUUUAGGGAGCCACUGCCAGCACCAGGAUUGCCUUCAACUCGAUUUCCUACCUUUUACCUGUAACGCGUGCCGCAAGGUUUUCUGCUUAGAACACCGAUCAUACAAAUCGCAUGAUUGUCCGAACUCCGACGUCGGCAGCCGUAAGGUGUUGGUAUGUGAAAUUUGCUCCGCCGCGAUUGAGACCACCGGACUCGGAGGGGAGGAUGAGAAGAAAAUUCUGGAGUGGCACGAAAAGUCGGGAGACUGUCAUGCGAAGAAGAAGAUAAAACCGACUUGCCCGGUACGGCGGUGCAAGGAGGCUUUGACGUUCUCCAACACGGCGACGUGCAAGAUAUGUCGGACUAAGAUUUGCCUGAUGCAUAGGUUUCCAGCGGACCACGCCUGUGAGCAGCUGAGAUCGCCUUCCUCUUCGACUACUCCAAAUAACAAGUUUUUGAUUGCUUUGGCUGCGAGGAGCGGGAAAGAUUGUGGAGACAAGUAUGCUGCCCCUACUCCGCACCCCUUUGUUAAAGCUUGAUCAUUGUUUCCGAUCCACCUUGUAUGCACAUUAUAAUUAUUCUUUUAUGUACGGAAGUAUUAACUUUAUUUGUCAAGAAAGUAUUCUGCCAAGUUUUUUCUUAA